UCUAGUGAAGUAGUAGGUAGUAGUUAUCUUUGCUACACAAUCUUUGCUACAUGUAGUUUAGAUCAUCGUACUUGAAAGUACUACUACUACUACUAGUAGCUGAAUGCAUUUACUGAUUUACUGCAGUCCUGCCAGGUAGUUCUUCUUGAAAAAGGUUAAGAAAUGUAUUGACGAUGGAUCGCUACCGCAACUGACAACCUCAGCGUCUCCUCCAUUCGCCAUGCCUUGACAACAGAGAGAUCUCAGGGGUGGUCUGGCGGUUCACCAGCGCGGUCGCAAGCAUCACCUUAUUCCCGGGAGUAACCCCAGGAGCAGCCACAGCCAGCGCACCAGCAACGCCAUCGGCAGCAACAGCAGCAACAGCCUUCGUGGGCAAGCAUGGACGGCAGCCAAGUACCAACAAACAAAUCCACUGCAGACUUCCAAUUCUCGUUGGCAGUGGCUGAGCAACUACAGAAGCCGCUGCAACAACAUCAGCAGCUGCAGCAGCCGCAGCAGCCGCAACAACAGCAGCAGCCGCAACAACAGCAGCAGCCGCAACAACCUCCACCACCGCCGGCAACGACUGGCAGCAGUCUACACCAGUCACAGUAUGGUAACACGACAACGGCAUCCUCCCUAAGUGGACCGAGUGGCACAGCAGUAUACGCUCAUACGAGCUCUCCGUACUAUCGCCCUGGUUACACAUCUGACUCUGGAUCUUUGGUGAAGGCACUGUCCGGACACCAGAGCAUUAGACUUCCGGCGCGGUGUGGAGGUUCGCCACCGCCGUUGCAAGCACCACCUGAAACCCGGGAGCAACCCCAGGAGCAGCCAGAGCUAGCGCACCAGCAACGCCAUCAGCAGCAACAGCAGAAAUUGCCUUCCUGGACAAGCAUGGACCCCAGUCAAGCACCACAGACACAUGGAUCCAAUGCAUUCUUGAUGGCAAUGAUGAAGCAACAACAGCAGAAGCCGCAACAACAGCAGCAACCGCAACAACAGCAGCAGCCGCAACAACCUCACUUCCCACCGGCAACGAAUGGCAGCAGUCUAUACCAGUCACAGUAUGGUAACACACCAAAGGCAUCCUCCCUCAGUGGACCGAGUGGCGCAGCAGUAUACGCUGAUACGAGCUCUCCGCAUUUUCGCCCUGGCAACAGACUGCUGCAGCAAGGUCACACAUCUUAUUAUGGAUCUUUGGUGAAGGGACUGCAGGGACACCAGAGCAGUCAGACACGUGGAUCCAAUGCAAUCUCGAUGGCAAUGUUGCAGCAACAACAGCAGCAGCCGCAACCACAGCAGCAGCCGCAACAACAGCAGCAGCCGCAACAACCUCACUUCCCACCGGCAACGAAUGUCAGCAGUCUAUACCAGUCACAGUAUGGUAACACACCAAAGGCAUCCUCCCUCAGUGGACCGAGUGGCGCAGCAGUAUACGCUGAUACGAGCUCUUCGUACUAUCGUCCGGGCAACAGACCGUUGCAGCAUGGUCACACGUCUUACUCUGGAUCUUCGGUGAAGGCACUGCCGGGACACCAGAGCAGUUCUUCUGUACAGAUGUUCGGUGACAACAUGCCACAGGCAAUGUGUGGCACUGGCACUCUCUACUCCGGUGACACAGCGCAGUCUUAUCCGGGGAGCACAGGAAUGGCUCAGAUGGGAGCAGCUAAUCUAUCGGCGACAGCAGAUACAGGGCUGCCAUCGCAAGCAUCGACACAUGGAUCCACUGCAUUCUCAAUGGCAAUGACGCAGCAACAACAGCAGCCGCCGCCGCAAGAACAGCAGCAGCCGCAACAACAGCAGCCGCCGUCGCAACAACAGCAGCAGCCGCAACAACAGCAGCCGCAACAACAGCAGCAGGCGCAACAACAGCAGCAGCCACAACAAUCUCACCUAAAGUCGGAAACGAAUGGCAGCAGUCUAUACCAGUCACAGUAUGGCAACACGUCAACGGCAUUCUACCUUAGUGGACCAAGUGGCGCAGCAGUAUACGCUGAUGUGAGCUCUCCAUACUGUUUCCCGGACAACAGACCAUUGCAGCAUGGUCCCACAUCUUGCUCUGGAUCUUCUGUGAAGGCACACACACUGUCGGGACACCAGAGCAGUGUGAAUGUUGGGUGA